ACCAAAGGAGGCAUGAAGCCUGAUACUGAACAACGAGGCAGGAUAUCGGUGCUGGAUGAAAGAAGGCAUGAAAGAAAGAAGACGGAGGGCUGCAAUGGGAAGAAACCAGACCGAUUAGCCCACCGCAGAAAAUUAAAGAAGGAAGAAGAUCCCUCGUUGCGAUUAUGCGGCUUAGUGCCCUGAAGACCAGGGGUGUUAUUAAGUUGGAUGAAAAUAUCAUCAGUAUAAAUUCCGAGUUUUUUUCGCAUUUUGGAAUGUGACAGCUGGGCUUUAGACAGAAUGGGUGAGCGUCCGACCUACGUGAAGCUCAGUGAAGAGAAACUUAUACCAAAGUCCGCCAUCCUGUCGCUGCUUCGGACCUACAACUGUUACCACGAAGGGAAAAACUUCCAGCUGAGGGCUCGCGAGGAGGAUGAGGCGCUCAUCCUUGAGGGGUUGCUGAACAUCUAUUGGGGUCUGCGCCGACCAAUCCGACUUCAGAUGUACGACGACAAUGAAAGAUUCCGUCUGAACCGAAACGAUCGAUCUGGUUUGGAAAAGCAGCUCUCACCGGAGUCCAACAAUAACUCACCGGGCACAGAUGGUGGACCAUCGAGUGGGGACGUGUGUGGUCGGGAGGAGGAGGAUUCUCCUCAGCUGCUGAGGACCAGGAGUGACGCCUCCUUCAUGCGGGUUCAGAGGAGGUCGAGGACACACACCGCCAGAGAUCUGCAGCGCUUGCGAACACACAGGUUCUCAAUCAACGGACAUUUUUACAACCACAAGACAUCUGUAUUUACUCCAGCCUACGGCUCGGUCACCAACGUACGAGUGAACAGCUCCAUGACGACGGGACAAGUCCUCAACCUGCUGCUGCAGAAGUUCAGGGUGGAGAAUAAAUGUGAAGAGUUUGUCCUUUACAUGGUGCACGAGUCUGGCGAGAGGACCCGACUGAAGGAUGGUGAAUACCCGCUGGUGGCUCGUGUGCUUUGUGGACCCUGUGAGAAGAUCUCCAAAAUCUUGAUCACGGAGGCAGACGUGGGAGAGGAAGUUACGUACGAUGUUGCCCAAUACAUAAAGUUUGAAAUUCCUGUUUUAGACAGCUUCGUUGAGAAACUUAAAGAAGAAGAGGAACGUGAAAUAAACAAACUGACCAAAAAGUACAGCGCUCUGAAGAAUAUGAUCCAACAUCGGCUAGAAGGUGGAGCUCACACCAGCGAAAGAAUAUGAAUAUGUGUGACCAAAGGUUUCCAUAUUCCACUUGGUAUAAAAUGCGCCUGUCCGGGAUGCACAUGCUGACCACUAUAUGAUGCACAAUUAGACAGUCCCUUGUUGAAAUAAAACAACAACAAAUUAAACCUCAUCUGCAAUAACGUAUUAACCACUCCAAAGCUCACACAGAUAAUUAAAACAUGCAAACAAUUAACAUGAAUAAUAGAAAUGGAAGUUAAAGCAUACAAAUACAAGUGUCAACCAAUCGCUGUAUAAUUAAAGCAAAGUUGCAUCUUGCCGUUACAAGUUCCCUGAUCCAAUCUGUGUGUCUGCAGGGCUCAAUAUCAAUGAUUUAUUAUGGGAACAUUGGCCACAACUGUAGUAGAUGUAGAGGUAACGGUAAAAGUGUAAACGUAAAGGUUAGUAGAACGAUGUUAUACACCAAUGUGCUUCUAAUCUUAGAAUGACAGUGUGUGUGAUAUAUUAAAGUCCCUGUAUUACUAUGAAUUCUAUCACUGCUUUGAUAUCCCUGCUAUCAACAUAUUUGCAUUUUGUAUUAAAUAUUGACAUACGCUGCUUUUAGGUAAUGUAUUCUCUGACUUUUUAAAAUAAUAAAUAUGUUGGAUCCCUGCUGGCACCAAACACAGAAACCUGCUUGGACUUGCCAAAGAAAAAGAUCUUUAUUAUUUCCUGUUCUUCCACGAGGACUGAAGCACAGAUUAGCAUUGUUCUUCUGCGAGACCCUCUUUGCCAUCUAGUUCCCAUGAGCUUUGUGUGUGUGUGUGUGUGUGUGUGUUAACCUUCAACAUUACACAAUAUGGGUAUCCUGAGAAAGAAGGUCUGUUCCGUUUUCCCACAGUUUCACAAGCAGCAAAACUGAUGUUAUAUUUUGUCGACUAUUAUUGCUGCAGUAUUGGAUUAAUCAAAUAAGAAGCUGAUUAAUUGUUGACACAUGUACACACCUCGUGUUCAGAGGCUCAUGCACCACAAAUAACAAAACAAAAAAACUUUUUUGGGGUGUGUCAGAGGGUUGUUUUGUAAUAUUUAUACAGAGGAACUUGUGUAGCAAAUCAUUCUAAUUUGCAGGUGCAUCGUAGCUCCGCUUACAUCUUGAAUAGUUGAAGCGACUUCAAGCGGAGGAAGAUAAAAACCAACAGAUUGGGUAAACAAUUGCAUGUUGCAAGACGCAGCUCAGUCUAAGAAUCUUUUAAUUAUUAUUUGUUGAGGUAAAGAAGAACCUUUCAAGCUUCAAGUGGAUGAAGGCCGGAGAGAGAGCUGGAGGAAAAACAGGCUUCGUCUCUUGUAGAUCACAUCUUGAAAAAACAAAUCAGGAGAAUUAAUCACAUUAUCACGUCUCUUGUUAUUCUUCUUACUCCCCUCCUUGCACACAUGUGCCUCAAUUUCCUUUUCAACCUUCCAUCAACAAUAUUAGUCUUUCCAUUUCCUUAAACGCUUAACAUUUCCAUCUUUGUAGUGCUAUGGUAAAAUAUGUUAUAGCACAGUCUUAUGCUAAAAGAGUGAUAAUGGUAUGUAUUGAAGUUUAACGUGUGAAAAUCAGAAUGAUUUUCCAUUUGCAGCUGUGUCUGAAGAAAAGAGGGCGAGUCAACACGCUCUCACACAAGCGCUCGUACAAAGGAACUGUCUGUUACCCCAUCUUAACCUUGGUUCAUGUCUCGCUUGGUUCGCAGGUUUCAUAUCUACCAUCUCCCAUGUGGUCUAGUAGUUAGGAUUCGGUGCCACCUGCCACUGGGGAUGACCUUCAUGUGUGUGUAUAAAAGCUCAACAUUUUGACUGCUCUGACAUUUAUGUCUCCUCUGAGCACUGUAAUGCGUGCUUGUGUAUUUGAGCAAUAAAAGGACUUUUACAAACUUUGA